AUGCUACUCUCCCUCCUCCUCAGCCUCCUCGGCCUCACCAGCCUAGCUCUCUGCAUCCCCGCACUCCCCUCCCUCCCUCCCUCUUCCGCCGUCGCCAUCCCUUACAACCUCCCCAACAUCAACACCAACACGAACACCGCCCCCACCUCACAGCAACCCGGCUGGACCCAGCUCUGCACCGGCAACUCCCACGACGGCGUCUGCCUCUCCGUGCACUCGCUCGACAACACCUGCACCACGAUCGCCGCACCCGUCAAGUUCAACGUCUGGAGCAUCACGCAGCACAAAGGCGUGUUUUGCACGUACCACGAGAAAGACGACUGCAGUGACAAACACCGCUAUACGCUUGAUUCGUACAGCAUAGACAAGAGCAGUCAGUUAACCGACGCCCACAUCGCGACGAAGAUCGGGGCCGUGAGGUGCCACGAGAGCAAAGGCUUAACCGCAACUAAGGAGGAAUCCAAGCGCACCACCGCCCUCUCCCCCAACAUCCUCGCCAGCCCAGGCCGCCUAGUCCUCUGCCCAGACGCCGACUUCCGCGGGGAGUGCGUCGAGAUCAACGCGCUGAACAUCUGCGUGCAGCUGCGCGGCGCCAUCUGGAAGCACGUCUACUCGAUGAUCCAGUCCCCCGGCGCGGUGUGCUACUUUGUGGCUGACGAUGGGUGCAAUAUUACUAUGCCGGUGCUGAUUGUGGAUUCGAAGAAGAGUCAGGGGGAGGUGAAUACGGAGUUGAAGAUGGAUCGGGCGGAGCGGAUUACCGGGGUUAUGUGUGGGGGGAGGGCGUGA